CAGAGACAGACAGGCAGGCAGUACCGCGACCUGCAGCCCGACAGCACGAACCCCUCACACCAGACCAGCCGUUUCCAUUUCCGCUUCUAACAGACGCGAGCGAGCGAUGAUUGAUCUGAGUGGUCGUGGUGGGCUAGAUUUGGCACUCUGUCCGGAGCGGAUGGUGGCUAUAGGGAGCUGGCAGCGGUAGAGUGUAGUGGUCGUGCAGGCAUGUUCACUGUUCGCAUUGGGUCUCUUUGCUCAUGUCCGUGUCGCUGAGCUCUCCGCGUUCUCUCGCUCUCGCCCACACCGUCCUCUACCACUGCUGCCCCUGCCUCACUGUCCACCCGGAGAAACGGGGCGCGUGCUGGAAGUGUUACAGACCCGAAGAAAUCCCUGUAGAAGCUAAAGCUGAAAUGGGUCGCAAGGAGGCUGAUUAUGACUGGAAGAAGAGCACUGACAACAUCCAAGAUGUGUUCGACUUCAUAGAAGUGUUGGGAUCGGGAGCAUUCUCUGAGGUCUUCAUGGUGAAGGAGAGAAAAACAGGCAAGCUUUUUGCCAUGAAGUGUGUGAAAAAGAAGAACAAAAGGGACGUUAACUUGGAGAACGAGAUUGCUGUGUUAAGGAGGAUCAAACAUGAGAAUGUUGUGGGGUUGGAGGAUUUCUAUGAAAGUCGAACCCAUUACUACCUUGUAAUGCAGCUUGUUUCAGGUGGUGAACUGUUCGACCGGAUUCUGGACCGGGGCAUGUACUCAGAGAAGGAUGCUAGCCUGGUGAUCAGACAAGUCCUGGAAGCAGUGAAUUACUUGCACAAGAAUGGCAUAGUUCACCGUGAUCUCAAGCCCGAGAACUUGCUGUACUACAGUCAAGAUGAAAACUCCAAGAUAAUGAUCAGCGACUUUGGUCUUUCCAAGAUGGAGGACAACGGCAUCAUGUCCACUGCAUGUGGUACUCCAGGCUACGUGGCUCCUGAAGUGUUGGCUCAGAAGCCCUACAGCAAAGCAGUAGACUGCUGGUCUAUUGGAGUCAUCACUUACAUCCUUCUCUGUGGAUAUCCCCCUUUCUAUGAAGAGACUGAGACUCGUCUUUUCUCUAAGAUUAUGAAAGCACAGUAUGAAUUUGACUCUCCCUUCUGGGAUGACAUCUCAGAGUCUGCAAAGGAUUUCAUCCGCAACAUGAUGCAGAAGAAUCCUAAACUGCGCUAUACAUCAGAUCAAGCCCUGAGACAUCCUUGGAUCAUUGGAAAGACUGCCCGGAGCCAGGACAUCUACCAGUCCGUCAGUGUGCAGAUCCAGAAGAACUUUGCCAAGUCCAAGUGGAAGCAAGCCUUCAAUGCUACAGUGGCCAUCAACCACAUGAAGAAGCUCCAGCUUGCUCAUUAUGAGGCCUCUGUCAAACAGAGCCAGGCUCCAACACAGCUGCCUGAUAUUACAGUCUCCUCCACAUCCAGCCCUGAAGCAGUACGCAAGAGCUUGGUACCCGAGACCCCGGAGCCCAACGGCAACCUGCCCAUCCACCACAUGACUGUUCCAACUGUUCCCACGGACACAAAGUUUUUGUACCAGCCGCCCAAGGUCAGCCACAGGGAGACUGCCCAUGCCGGAACACUCACAGUGGCUGAGAAGGGCAAGCAUGUGUACCACUCCGAACCAGCUAAUCUAAAUGGGUACGGAAAGAGAGGCACCAAUCGCAACGGUGAGAAAUUUCAGACUGGUGUCUGCUCUGUCAUGUGACUGGCCAUGGCAGCACUAUGAGGCGAAUUUAAUAGAUCUGUGACCUUUGUCAGCCACUGGCUGCUUGGUAUGGGCACCUACUGCUCUGAGCUCUAGAGGGCUAUGAUCCUUGACAUGACAGCUGACCUGUUGCCUGUUGACUGCACCGUUCUGACAAUACUGAGGUUCAGAGGAGUGCCUCCAUAUCUCUGCACAAACACACACACACAUACACUUAUUAAUACUCAGUAUCAACAUUAAACACAACAAGGUGCUUAGGCAUCUCUUGAACGUUUGUGUUUUACUAUGAGCAGCCGGUUCCUUGUGGCUGAUGUAACUGCAGCUCCCUGUAUUAUGUGUAUGAAUGUUAUUCUGGUUUGUGUGAUUCAUAUUACCUUGAGAGUAUUGGUGACUUUAAAUGAUUUCCUCUUUAAUAUCCACUAGAGCCUGUGAUGGUGUGCAGUGUACAUGUUGCUAUAUUUUAUCUUAAAUGACUGAAGCACCCUCCUGGCUUGUACAGUCGUAUGUAAAGGUUUGGGUGCCUCUGGUCUAAUGACAUUGUUUUGUACUGCACAUUUUGCUUCUGCACAUUUUGAUACAUAAUUGCUGUUUAUUUGCUGAAUUGAACAAACUAAAACAUAAAAUGCGGCCUGUCCAAAAAUAAUG